AUAACUUUUAAACAAAUGACGUACAUAUAUCUAGGUCUUAUACUAAAGCACAGGGCAGACAUGCGUUAGUAUGUCUCUGAUACAAGGAGGAAACGGAGUGUAAUUUUGUUAAAAUUUAAUAUAAUCAUCAUGAUAUUGAAAAUAAUACCGAAAACAUUGAUAAAUAUGUACAAAGUGUGUUCGCUUUGGAUUUUAUUACUCACCUUGUCAACUUGUUUAAGUGAAGAUAUCCUGGAUAAGCCAUGUCAGCGAAUUAAUUUAAAGGGGUAUUGCAAACUUUUUGUAUCUUGUAAAUUUGCAAUGGAUUUACUGAAGAAGUAUAACGACACACAACUUGAGACUUUAUUAUCGUGUGGACGUAUUAAUAUUGUGCCUGUGGUAUGCUGUCCGACUCCAGAUGGAUUACCAACAGAGAAAGUGCCAGAGACAGACGAAUCAGUAAUUCAUUUUCAACAAGAAGAAAUCACAACAUUUUUACCUCCAAGAAGUACAACUACAACUAGAACACUUGCAAGACGUCCGGUUAGCCCCAACCCUACAAUAUUACCAUCUAGAAAAGUUUGUGGCAAACAAGCGAUUGAAGACAGAAUAGUGGGUGGAGAAAUUGCAUCACUGCAUGAUUUUCCUUGGAUUGUUCGGCUUUAUUUUAGCGAUAUUGGUUAUGCUUGUUCUGGGACACUAAUAACAAAUCGGCAUGUGAUAACUGCAGCACAUUGCUUUAAUACACAAAAAAAACUUAUAUCAGUUCGUCUUGGGGAAUGGGAUUCAACGAUACCAGUCGAUUGCAGUGACAAUAGAUGCAGCGAUCCGCCUGAAGAUAGAAAAGUAGUACAAACAAUAGUACAUCCUAACUUUAAUCCACGCAACGAUCCUAUACAUGAUAUAGCUAUUUUAGUUUUGGAUGUACCUGUUAACUUUACUGACUUUAUUAAACCCGCGUGCCUACCAACAACUGAGUAUGUUGCAAGUCAAGAUUAUACUAAUGAUAAUUCUUACAUGACAGCUGGGUGGGGAAUUACAGAGUAUGGUAGCACUUCAAGUAAGAAACGCAAGCUGGCCAUAAACGCUGUAUCUUACGAUAUAUGUCGUGCGGCGUUAAAUUUGGAUCGUGAUUCGAGAGAUCCUUUUGUAAUCUGCGCUGGAGGAGUUAAAAACAAGGACAGCUGUCAAGGGGACUCUGGAGGGCCCCUUAUUGGACAAGUAAUUGAAGAUAAUGAAGUAAACUGGUACCUAUUUGGAAUUACAAGUACGGGUUCGAAGUAUUGCGGCCGUCCAGGUAUUCCUGGUGUCUAUACAAGGGUAUCGAAAUAUAUGCCUUGGAUCGAAAACCAUUUAUCGAUAAUUUAAAUAUUUAUUGUGAUAAUAUAUGUUAAUAGCUUUA